UCUCACAUAACACUUGCUUGCCCAUCGCUAGCUUGAAUUAAACCAUGUCAUCGUUUUCUUCCUGUCCGGCAUCGUCCGUCUCGGCCCCGGCACCGCCGCCGCACGUGGUGGAGGACUGCCUCGGCGUCGUGCAGCUCCUCAGCGACGGCACUGUAACGCGGCCCACGCGAAGCUUCCUCUCUGACCCUCCGGCGCAUGAAAUCCGCCGCGACCUGCCCGUCGAGUGGAAGGACGUCGUGUACGACGAUUCCCGCGGCCUCCGGCUCCGCGUGUACAGGCCUACGACGGCGACCACCAAAGACGGCGAGAAGAAGAACCUUCCGGUGGUCGUCUACUUCCACGGCGGCGGUUUCUGCAUCGGCAGCUUCGAGCACCCCAGCUUCCACGAAGUUGGCCUGCGGAUCGCUCACGACCUACCGGCGGUCGUGCUCUCCGCAGACUACCGCCUCGCCCCCGAGCACCGCCUCCCCGCGGCGCAGCACGACGGGGAAACCGUGCUCUCGUGGCUAAGCGGCCAUGCCGCGUCCGGCGCCGACCCGUGGCUCGCCGAGUCGGCUGACUUAGAACGGGUGUUCGUCUGGGGCGACUCGUGCGGCGGCAACAUGGCGCACCACGUCGCCGUCCGGCACGGCUCCGGCUGCGGCCUCGAUAUUGACCCGGUACGCAUCGCCGGGUACGUCCUGCUCUGCCCGUACUUCGGCGGGGAGGAGAGGAUGGCGUCGGAGGCGUCCUUCCCGCGCGACGUGCUCAUGGGCCUGGCGCUGUUCGACCAGAUGUGGCGGCUGGCGCUGCCGGCGGGGGCGACGAGGGACCACCCGGCGGCCAACCCGUUCGGCCCCGAUAGCGCCCCGCUGGACGGCGUCGCGUUACCGCCGGUGCUCGUCGCGGACGCCGAGAAGGACCUGCUGCGCGACCGGACCGCCGACUAUGUCGCAAGGCUGAGGGCAAUGGGGAAGCCCGUGGAGCUCGUGGUGUUCGAGGGGCAGGGGCACGGCUUCUUCGUCUACGAGCCGUGGGGCGCCGCGGCAGACGAGCUCGUCCGAGUGGUACGGCGGUUCGUGCACGGUGACCCACCGGCCACCAGCUGAGUACACAACUCCGGCGACGGUGUCAGCUAGGAACUCCGGAUUAUUAAUUAGACUUGUGGUACUGUACAUUCCGCACGGAAUCCGCACACUUAAUCUGCGACAUAUUAGUUGUCCGAAUCUGCGACAAAGAACGGAGGUAUGUCCAUAAUCGAUGUAUACAUGCAGCCGCGGUUGAUCUGACGAGCCUAGCCGUCAAAUGAAGGUCGCUGGAGUACCGAACGAG